UGCUAUCUCGUUGGCGUCACUGCAUCUUAACGUAAGAGAUUGCCGUACGUCUCGGUAGCUCGGUACGUCUCUCGCAUGUCUCGAUCGGGCAAACGGCAAAAUAAUUUUGGUUAUCCCGUGAUUCUUCGAAACCUGCUCCAAGAUGAUGCGAACAUUGGGCGGUAUCACAUAUAUAUUACUGAUGGUGCAGCUAAACGUAUUUAUCGCCACUGACUGGUGGUACGGACAGAGAGAUCCGUUAGGCCCAUAUCCUAGGAUACCAGAUAAGGAUAAAGUGAAGAGAGAAAUUGCAUUCGCAGAGGAGUGUAGGAAAUUUAUCACUCCACCUCAAUCAGGAUGGAUCCGUUGAGAGAACUUUAUUAAUUAUAAUUGUACAGUGACUAUGUAUGCGUAUUCUUCCUGUGGGAAAAUGUAGCAAUAAACAGUGUUAUAUUAAUUUAUAA